AUGAAUACUGAACUUACUCCCUUCUCAUGCGUACACCCCUGGAGUAAAAAGAUGUACCUCUAUUUACUUCACAGAUCUGACACCUCUGCAUGGAUUUUCCCGUCACUCAUUACAGCUCAAAACUCCUACAGUCUGUCUUUUGAGCAUAUGUAUUCCGGCGAAUCCGACCCCUCCUCUGACCCCAAGUUCCUGGAGACCCAGCUGGUCUUCUUUCACAAGCUCGGGUACUCCACGACUCAGGUCCGGGAAGUUCAGCAAAAGUUUGGCCCCAGUCUGGACAGGGACAAGGUCCUGGGUGAGCUGGUUAGGAUCGGGGCCACUCAGAAGGCGAAGCAGGGGCCGGUGACCACCGUAUCGGUACUGGUGCCCAAAGGGGACAUGACGACUUGGGGCCCCACGAUGCAGCUUCCUGUUGCUGCAACAUCUCCUCCGAAAGAAGAGAGUGGCGAGGAUGAAGACGCUCUCAGACCAGUGGUUAUAGACGGGAGCAAUGUGGCCAUGAGCCAUGGGAACAAGGACGUUUUCUCUUGCCUGGGAAUCCAGCUGACGGUGAACUUCUUCCUGGAAAGAGGCCACACUGAAAUCACUGUGUUUGUUCCCUCGUAGAAAGAGCAGCCCAGACCAGAUGUUCCAAUCACAGAUCAACACAUUCUUCGAGACCUGGAGAAGAGAAAGAUUCUGGUGUUCACCCCGUCACGACGUGUCGGAGGUAGACGGGUGGUCUGUAACGAUGACUGCUUCAUUGUCAAGGAGGCCUACGAGUCAGACGGCAUCAUCGUGUCCAACGACAUGUACCGGGACCUGCAGGUCGAGAAGCCGAACUGGAAGCGCUUUAUUGAGGAGAGGCUGCUCAUGUACUCCUUUGUCAAUAACAAGUUUAUGCCACCUGAUGAUCCUCUGGGCCGCCAUGGACCGACACUUGAGAACUUUCUGCGAAGGAUUCCAAAGAACCAGAAAAAAAAGACAUGCCCUUAUGGAAAGAAAUGUACGUAUGGAAUCAAGUGUAAAUAUGACCACCCUAAGAGAGCCCACCAGUCAAACCACUCUGUUGCCGAUGAGCCUAAGUACAACGCUAAGCAGCCCUCCACUGCUCAGAAACAUUCAUCAGCUCGCUCUAGUCAUGUGCCUGGACAGAGCCUCUCGUUGGUGGAAGAAAUGGCAAAGAAACUGACUCUAGGACCUGAGAGCAGCUCCUUAAAGAAAGAUCCCAGAAAUGAAACUGGUGUUCAGGUGAAGGCAAGUCAUCCGUCUGGCAAGAGGUCCACACCUAGAAAGGAGAAGACAAGCCAUAAGUCGUCUUCUGAUCAGAACCUAACGCGUCAUAGUGGGUCUCAGGAGCAGCUGGACUCUGGUUUAGGCUCUAUAGACAGUCAGCAAAUGGAGGCUCUUUGGAGUAAUUGUGAUAACAAGUAUGGGAGCUCUCAGCAUUCCCACAAUGCAAGACAGCAGUACUCCGCACCAUGCGACGGCUGCUAUCAUGGCCCUGCCAAUCAGGGAACUACAUCAGCUUUCCAGCUCCACAACCAGAACUACGGCUCUGAUAUGAUUCCCUAUGGUCAGCCCCCUUACUCCGGCUACGCAGCGUAUCCAGUCAGCAUGCCCGUGUAUGGAGAACAAACUGAUUUCCAGCACAGCAGAGUUCAUGGCAGCCAGCAGCAGUACUGGUCGGAUCCGUUUGGGGCUCAUUGUAGACCAGCAAGGGAGUGCUCACAUUGGGAGACUCCUCGGGAGAAACGAACAAUUCCCGGUAAUGUUGGGGAGGAGAGAGAAGUUGUCCGCAAGAAGCUCCUCGCUAUCUUCAGUGCCCAGCUGGUGGACACAGCCAUGAAUAUGUUUCCUCAGCAGAUGGACCCACAGAAGAUGGUGGCCGAGAUCCUUGUGCUGCAGAGUCAAAACAGCUUGCUAAGAUGAGGCGUGACCAAUGACUCUGAACCCGCUGCCUUUAGUGGAAAGGCUACCAAAGAUAAACAUGAGUCAGUGUAUUUUUGUAAUGUGGUAUCCACCUUGAUUUAACAGUGUUUUUGAAUGUCAGGCUAUGGUACAUCCACCAGAUUCCCAUGGCCCCCAUUUUCCUCCAACGUCACGUUCAGACUGGAAAGCUCGAUUUCUGUUCGACUGUCAAGCUUUUAUGUUUCAGGUUGUACCGGUACGUCUUAAACAUGUUGGGAUUUCAUAUAAAUCGUUUUUAUUUUGAUAUCAACUAAUCAACAACUAAAUCUAUGAGAAUACGCUGGAGGGACAACAAGCAAUAUUUCAAGUAAACUAAAAACCCUUUGUUACCCUUCAGCUAAUGUCAGCAUUCUGCCACUUACUUUUUAAGUUAACUUGAGUUUGUCUUGAAGCUUUUAUCAGCUCUGAAAUUUGUGAUACACCAAGAUAUAAAAGGUUUAAAUGUAAUCAAGGAACAAGUGAAAUGCUAACAUUAGCUGUUGCCUGAUAUUGGCCAAUGGCGAGUUCUAAAUUUGGGCCACUUUUUGGCCUUUUUUGGAUAAGACAGUUGUAGAGAGAGACAGUAAAUGUUGGGUGGGAGGGAGAUGACGAGCAGCAAAUGGCAGAGGUUGCAGAGAGACUUUAGCCUCUCUAUGAGGAGCACACGCUCCAACCACCAAUGAUUAGCCAUUCAUAUUUAUAAAGUUAGAUUACAGGAAGUUGGUGAAUUCUUUCAUUAGCUUUUGUCUAGCUAGCUAAUGGGCGAUCAAACAUGCUGUUGUCUUUUGAAAUAUGAUCUGAUGUCACUUAAGAAUUCACUAUCAAUUGUCUUUUCCGUUGCUUAUGAAUAAGAUGGUGCUAAAAUGAUGACAUUGUUAUAGUUAUCCUUAUUAAUUCAACUUGCAACCUGGAAAAAAUGUCAUACUGACGAAUGAGUUUCACUCUGAGCGUGCCGUGAUGUCAGAGGAAAAUUGCCGUUGUCUGAAAAAGGCCAGUUGUAAGUUUCCUCAGUGAACUUGAAUAAUUAAGAGGCAGAACAUAAACGUCAUUAAAUAUAUCUUUUUGUAAAAUUCUAAAAGGAAAAGGUUGAUUCAAUACCGUGUAAUGAAUUAUCGGUGUAUGUCACUGAUACUGUUAAAAACGGAGUCCAAUUCUAUCAGCUCCACUCUUAAUACAAUCCAACACUGUCAUAAAACCUGUUUUUAAAAUGCCUAUAAUGCUCAGUUGUACUCAACACUUGUGGAGAUAAUAAUUUAAUUGUGUGCUCUUUGUUUUUGUUUUGACGAGGUCAGUGCCUCAUAGAAAAAAGCCUUUGUGUCAUAUUGGCACGGUGUGUGGCUUUCACAGCCAAAUGUUGUGCAGGUUUGGGCGCGUCAACCCUUCAACCCUUCAUUAAAGUGUCCUCACAUAAAGAGUUAUUGGGAAGCACACUCAAUAAAGAUGUUACUCUCUGUAAUUAAAAGAUAUUAGAGGAAAUAAGAAUUCAAACGUUGAACUGGCUCUUUUAUAUUCCCAGUUUUGUUCAUUUGGUGUUUUAAUUAUUAUUAUUUUUUUGUUAUUUCGAUACUUGUCCAUAUUGUGACAAGAAUAUGAGAAAUCAGAAGUUUGGUUUCACUUAAAAGACACCUGAGAUGAAAAUACAACUGUCCGAGAGAAUACAAUGUUUUUCAGUGUUUAAUUUAUUGUGUAUUAAUCGUAUUACUGUGUUUAUAAUGGUGUUAAAUUGCGCGGUUUGCUGGGCAUUACAAACUUAUACUGUUUUUACUUAAGUGUUGUCUAACAACAAUGUUACUGUAAAGAAAUACAAAAUAAAGUUUUUUACAGUAUCCAGAAA